UUUGUUUCUGUAACGAUCUUUUGUGUCAAUAAAGCACCGCGGUUUUGACUGUCAUGCUCCGCGCAUGCGCACACGUAUGGAGUGACGGCGCUGACUAGCUAGCUUCCUGCUGCGUUCAUCUCAGAUUUGCGCUUUCGCUGACUCUUGUAAACAGUUAUCCUUUUAACAGCCGAGCGUUUCUGUCGAGUUCCACACAUCGAGGGUGACCUGACCGAGGCGCGAUAGAGAAUGCCCAAAAAUAAAGGUAAAGGAGGAAAAAACCGGCGACGUGGAAAGAACGAGAAUGAGUCUGAGAAGAGAGAGCUGGUGUUCAAAGAGGACGGACAGGAGUACGCUCAGGUGAUAAAGAUGCUGGGGAACGGGCGUCUGGAGGCCAUGUGCUUCGACGGGACCAAGAGGCUCUGCCACAUCAGAGGAAAGCUCCGGAAAAAGGUGUGGAUCAACACGUCGGACAUCAUCCUGGUGGGGCUGAGGGACUACCAGGAUAACAAAGCUGACGUCAUCCUCAAGUACAACGCAGACGAAGCCCGGAGUCUGAAGGCCUACGGGGAGCUGCCCGAGCACGCUAAAAUCAAUGAGACGGACACCUUUGGGCCCGGAGACGACGAUGAGAUCCAGUUCGACGACAUUGGUGACGAUGAUGAAGACAUCGAUGAUGUGAGAGCUUAUAUAAAGCCCUGCUGCCAGAGGGGGGAGGUGGGAUUUUACUCCAGACGCUCCGAUUGGGGAUGCUCUGAGCCGGUUCAGCUCAUUAUUUUUAUUAAGAUCAGCCUAUGCCAGUCCGCCACCGCCUAAUAAACGUCUGUCUGAGUAGAGCUCUGUUGUCCCACACAUCUCAACGCCACCUGAACGCAUCCCCGCCCAGCUGGACCUCCAGAAAAGGGCAAACAUCCGGAACAUUUAGUUUUUUUUUUUAACGCUUUUGCCUCUAAACGCCGGCUGAACGCCCCCCCCCCACCUCGUUCGCUGUGUUUUUUUCCCGUUUUUGUCUCUUUUUUUUUUUCCUGGAAUCCCUGUUUUUUUUGGGAGGCCGCGUCCUCUUUUAAAAGGUGUAUUUAUAUUCAUUUCACUCAACGUGGAAUUUAGAAAACCCUGAAGAAUCUCUGGAUUCGACCGUAAACGGGAAAAGUUUUCCUAUCCGGGAGGCUUUUUUUUGUGUUUUUUUUUUUUCUCCGAUUUUUCUCUGAUUU